AUGAAAUCAUCAAAACAACCUUAGGCUACUGGCUUCUCAGGAGGCUUAGACCCAAAAGCAUCAAUGGGAGGUUCUGCUGGAAUUACGUACAGCAGCAUUGCUAACAUUCCUAAAGCCAAAAGAACAAAAUUGAUUUCAGAGGCUAAGCCUAUGUUAGGAGGAGCGAAGAAAUGCAAGGAUAUAUGGCAAGCCAUAAGAAAAGCUGACUUUAGAAAGGAGGGCAUUCUGAAUGAAACUAAUAUAAAUUUGGUUUUUGAGAAAAACAAGGAAACAAUUCAUGACUUAUUGAGAAUACAGACUGCAACUGAUUUCAUAGACUUGUUUGACUAGGAUAAAGAUGGGUUCUUGAAUGAGGAUGAAUAAGUGCUGAUCUUCUCACUCAUUAAGUAAAAGAUGCAGUUAUUAGCUCAAGAGCUAUGUAACAUUCAUGAAUAUCAAACUUACAAGGACUUGAUGAAGGAAAUUAGAUAACUUGAAGAGGAUAUAGUUUCUUAUCAAGAUGAGUUAAGACAGAACAUUCAAGAGACAUAAUUGACUGAGUAUGUCUAGAUUGGUGAUGAGAAGUUGAAGGAGUUUUACGAUGAAUGGGAGUAAAUCUUUGCUGACUUUGAGAAUGACAGUCUUAAGAAGAUAGAAGACUUGAAAAUGGAGCACGAGCAGCAAAUGGAAUUUGUGAACUAAAAACUAGAUCGGGCUCCAAGUGCUAAACUUAAAGACAUGCAAAACAAUGAAAAGCUUGUAGCCAUAAAUGAAAGAAUCGAAGAAGCAAUGAACUAUAGAAAAGAACUCAAAGAUCUCGAAGUUCAAGAGGCGGAAAGAGUGGAAAAACUUAGAAAUGAAAACGCUGAGAAGCAAAGAAAGACUCUACUUGGAAAAUAACUUGAAGCUAAAAUAGAAACUGGAAGACAUAAUUUGAAAAUCAAGAUGGACAAAUCAUUAAACGUCCUUUAGAAAGAAAUUAACUUGCAUGUCAAUGACAUAAAAAGAAUUUAAGGGCUGAUGACUAGACUUGCUAUCAUGAGAGGUGAGACUCUAGAUGAACUCAAAAGGAACAAAGAAAAAGCUAGAAAGACAAUGAAGCAGUUGAACAAUACAAAGAAAUUAGGGGAGAGCACUUCACCAGAUAGAGCUACCAAAGCUGGUGGAUUCACUUAGACUAUGGGAGGCUCUAUUGAUGAAGAAUCUCCAAUAAACAUGCUUUUAUUCAGCAAUAUGAAGAAGGGCUCUAACAUGAAUGGGAUGCUUUCAAAUUCUCUCGGAAAUACAAUGUCAUCAAAUACCAAUUACACUAAUGUUAUUCUUCCUCUAAAGCAGAUUCUUAAGACAUGCUCCAUAACUAAGUUUGAUAUAGCAACAGAAAAUGAGAAUGAAAAGAAGCCAAUAAAUGCUGAGGAAGAUCACAAGAAAGCGAAUAACCAAGGUCUUCAAACUAAAAUCAAAAAGCUUCUUGAUCAAAGAAAACCACCAACUGAAACACUUCCCAGUCUAUGUGAGUAAUAUGAUGAAGAUCUCAACCUUAUUCAAAAGUGA